GACUGACUUCCCUUCUCUUUGCACUCAUCUUCUUGCAGCACAAGUCCAUUGAUAUUUCUUAUCUUCUCGAUUUUUGACUCUGCUUAGAAGAAACGGCCAUGUCUCGGCAGUCUGUCUGCAGAAGCUUUGGAGGCGGGAGUAGAAGGGGCUACAGCUCUUGCUCUGCCAUCGGUGGUGGCUUUGGAGGAGGUGGCGGCAGAAGCAGGAGCAGCUACAGCUCAUUCUCUAUGUCCAGGGGAUUUGGAGGUGGCGGACGUUGUGGAGGGUUUAGCAGCAAGAGUCUCCAUAACAUGGGUGGCAGUGGAAGGAUUUCCAUGGGUGGAUGCUAUGGCGGUGGAGGAUACGGAGGCAGAAUGGGUGGCUUUGGUGGAGGCUAUGGAGGAGGACUAGGCAGCUUUGGUGGAGGAAUGGGUGGAGGAGGAAUGGGUGGCUUUGGAGGAAUGGGUGGUUAUGGUGGAGGAAUGGGUAGUUAUGGUGGAGGAAUGGGUAGUUAUGGUGGAGGAAUGGGUGGUGGAGGAAUGGGUGGCUUUGGUGGACCAGGCUUUGGCAUGCCAGGCUUUGGUGGCCCCGGUAGAGGUGGCCCUGGUAUCCAGCCGGUGCAGGUUGACCCAACCCUCCUACAGCCAGUCCAUGUUGAGAUUGAUCCCCAGAUCCAGCAAGUCAAAAACCAGGAGAAGGAACAGAUCAAGACUCUUAACAACCAAUUUGCCUCUUUCAUUGAUAAGGUCCGCUUCCUGGAGCAACAGAACAAGGUCCUCUCCACCAAGUGGGAGCUCCUCCAACAGCAAGGCCCUUCAGGGCCAAGGAAGAACCUCGAUGUCAUCUUUGAAAAUUACAUCCAGAACCUGAGGAGGCAGCUGGACUCAAUCUUGGCACAGAGGGGACAGCUGGAGUCGGAGCUGCAGAACAUGCAGCAAUACGUCGAGGAUUACAAAACCAAGUAUGAGGAAGAGAUCAACAGGCGCACAACUGCUGAGAAUGAGUUUGUGGUGCUUAAGAAGGAUGUGGACUGUGCCUACAUGACUAAAGUAGAGCUGGAAGCCAAGGUGGGAGCUCUGACUGAUGAAAUCAACUUCUUGAGGUGCAUCUAUGAGGAGGAACUGGCUCAGAUGCAGACGAUCAGCCGGGACCUGUCCGUGGUGGUGUCCAUGGACAACAAUCGGCACCUGGAUCUGGAGAGCAUCAUUGAGGAGGUCAGGCGCCAGUACGAGCAGAUUGCUCAGAGCAGCAGAGCUGAAGCUGAGGCUUGGUACCAGAGCCAGUACGAACAGCUGCAGAACACUGCUGGAAGACAUGGGGACAGCCUCCGCAACACCAAGAUAGAGAUCCAAGAGUUGACCAGGAACAUCCAGAGGCUGCGGGCUGAGAUUGAGAAUGUGAAGAAGCAGAACCAGCAGCUGCAGGCAGCUAUCGCUGAGGCUGAGGAGCGGGGUGAGAUGGCCCUCAAGGAUGCUCGGUUAAAACUGGAAGAGCUGGAAAGUGCCCUGAGCAAAGACAAGGAGGAGCUGGCUCGCUUGCUGAAGGAGUACCAGGAGCUGCUGAACGUUAAGAUUGCGCUGGACGUUGAGAUUGCCAUGUACAGGAAACUGCUGGAGGGAGAGGAGAACAGACUGUGCAAUGAUGGCAUGUCCAACGUCAAUGUCUCUGUGGUAGGCAGGACCAGCAUCUCUGGAGGCAGAGGAGGCAUGGGAGGAGGCUUCGGAGGCGGCAGCGGCAUGGGAGGAGGCUUCGGAGGCGGCAGCGGCAUGGGAGGAGGCUUCGGAGGCGGCAGCGGCAUGGGCGGAGGAAUGGGAGGAGGCCUGUGUGGAGUAGGAAGCAGCAUUGGAGGUGGAAGCAUGGGCGGCAGCUGUGGAAUGGGAGGAGGAAUGUACAGCGGUGGCUUCUCUUCUGGAAGUGGAAGGAUGUGCGGCUCUGGAGGUGGCAACUUCGGCUCUGGUGGGGGAUCGUCCUCCAUACGGAGAUGUGUCACGACCACCUCCGUCAAAUCUUCAGGAGUGAGAUUCUGAGCCCCCAGGCCAGAUUGGAAAAGGAAAGAAGCAGCCCCUAUCUUCUCCCGGCAGCAGCCCAACCUCCUUAAAUCCCGCUCCGGUGUCCUGCAAUGAAAUGAACCGUGUCCCUCACGGCCCACCACAUACCAGCACAUCUACCUGGCUCGGUCCCAUCAGGGGAGUCUCGUGGCGAUGCCACAUCCCGUCAGCAGCCCUGGCAAGCUGCUCGUUAGCCCCAAGCCCAGUGACGAAAUAACCGUCUGAGCAAAGAAAAGUCUCACAGGUGGAUACCCAGCACGGAGAGCUGAUUUACAGGAGGGAACCGCUCUGCCUUUCUUGCUGUGUUGUACAUUUCUGGCUGCCUCGUGGCAAAUGUGUAUAAAACUCCUCUUUCUUCCUCUGUCCUCAUGUCCCUUCCUCGAUGGCCGUAUCCCUGGGGUGCUUCUGCAUGCAGUACAUCCCGCUGCUUCCAUUCACUAGCCUUUGGGGUGAGGGUAGGCGUGGGGCAAGCGGGACUCGUCCCGUGGCAGAGCUGGGGAGGGAGCAUCUUCUCGGCAGGUGGCCAGAGGGAUUAACUGCCCCAGGUUGGAGCACCUGGGCAGCUUUGCUCACCUGGUAGCCCCAGGUGUGCCGUAAGCAGGAGCUCUCUCUGGAGCCAUGGCUUCCAGUUCCGCUUGUCCUUGCUCUCCGUGACACCUGAUAAGACCUCACACACACGUGGACUUUUUCAAAGGAGAACAAAGCUUGCUCUUCGGUGCCUGGUCCCCUGUGACAUGGAACGAGAUGUACUGUCCCCACCUCCCUUCCUCUUCUGUUUGUGGUAUGCCCUACUUCCUCGGGAUGUUGCCAUUCUCAAUAAAUUGCA